AACCAAUUAGGUAUAGGUGCUUUAUUUUGGUGCACGAUUGAAAUUUUGUGCCCUGUAUUCACAUUUAAUAGUAUAAAUCAUAUUAGAAAGAGAAUGGGGAAAAAGAAAAACAAGAAUAAAAUAAGCGGUGCUGUUAAAACAGCAGCUAAGACAGAGAAAAAGUUGGCUAACAAACUUAAAAAAGAACUUGCGAACAUGGGAGAGGAAGACAUAGCUCAAGUUGUUGCCCAGAUUGAGCUAGAGGAAGCAAAGCGAUCAGCUGCUAAAGAGAAGAACUUACCUGGGCCUCCCUCGCCCAGAGCCUAUGCCAGCGUGACUCCACAUCCCACUAACAAUGAGCUUAUCAUUUUUGGGGGAGAAUAUCAUGACGGCCAAAAGACCUAUGUGUACAAUGAGCUGCUUUUCUUCAACCCUACAAGUAACACGUGGCGCCGCGUGAAAGCGCCGGGCGCUCCGCCGCCACGCAGCGGCCACCAGGCAGUGGCCACUCCAGCUAAUAAAGGCGAGCUAUGGGUAUUUGGCGGCGAAUUCACAAGCUUGUCGGAGACACAAUUUUAUCAUUACAAGGAUCUGUGGUGCUACUCCCUAUCUGAGAACAAAUGGGAAAAGGUGGUAGCGGCGAACGGUCCUAGUGCGCGGUCGGGGCACCGCAUGGUGCUGCUGGGGCGGCGGCUCGUGGUGUUCGGCGGGUACACGGACGACGGCCGCGAGUGCCGCUACUUCGACGACGUCUACAGCUUCUGCCUCGACUCGCGCACCUGGAGCCGCCUCGCGCCCAGCGGCCGCGGUCCCUCGCCGCGUUCCGCCUGCGUCAUGGUGCCGGCCGGGAACGAUGAGCUGAUAGUGUACGGCGGGUUCUCCCGGGCGCGCGAGGGGCGGCAGGAGCGCGCGCUGACGCACUCCGACCUGUUCCGGCUGUCGGCGCGGGCGGACGGCGGCGGCGGCUGGGCGUGGCGCGCGCUGCCCGGCGGGCCGCUCGCGCCGCCGCCGCGCGCGCAGCUUGCCGCCGCCGUCAACACGCACUCCUCCAGGGCUUACGUCUUUGGCGGAGUCACUGAUGUAGAAGAGACAGAAGAAGAACUAGUAGGUGAGAUGAGCGACGACCUGCGCAUGCUGGACCUGGAGGCGGGCAAGUGGCACAGCGUGACGCUGCGCACCCAGCAGCCGGCGCGCGCGCCCGCCGCCGCGCCCGCGCCAGCGCCCGCCGCCAACGCAGACGCCGACGCCGUACAAGAAGCCGUCACAGUUGUAACCGACGAGGUGUUCACCAUGAAGCUGGGCGGCGCAGCGCCGGCGGCGGCGGCGGCGGCGGGCGCGGGCGACGCCGCGCCGACUCGCCGCGUCGCGCCCGGGCCGUGCCCGCGCAUGUCCGCCAUGAUGGCCGUGCAGCGCUCCGUUCUCUAUGUCUAUGGCGGAAUCCUGGAAAAGGACGAAAAACAAUUCUACCUCUCUGAUAUGUACAGUUUAGACCUGCACAAGCUGAGCGAGUGGAAGACGCUGGUGCCGCAGCCGCCGCUGCCCGAGUGGCUCGGCUCCGACUCCGACACGCAGUCAGGCAGCGACUCCGACCAGGACGACUCCGACACACAAUCUGACCAAGAUUAACAUUCAACUAUGUUUUCACAAUGUAUAUAGAGUAUAAAUCCUCUGAAAAUAUCAAAUAAACAAUUUAUUGUUAAGUA